AUGAAUGCAUCUGAUGCCGACCGUCAGAUUAAACAGAUGGUGAAUUUUAUUCUCCAGGAAGCGCAAGAGAAAGCCAACGAGAUUCGCAUCAAGACGGAGCAUGAUUUUAAUCUGGAAAAACAAAUGUUAGUGCAUAACGCUAAACUCAAGAUUCAGGAAGAGUACAAGCGCAAAGAGAAGGAGCGGGAAGUAAACAAGCGCAUUGCUCGGUCGGCUGAAAUUGGUGCUUCACGUCGACAGAAAAUGAUCGCUCGGGACGAGUUAUUGAAGACGCUUAUUGUAGAGGGACAAAGUCAGCUGAAGAACUACACGACUUCGGACGACAAAAAUAAGGUUCUUCUACGUGACCUCAUCGUCCAAGGUCUGAUCAAGCUAUUCGAGACAGAUGUAGUGGUCGCAGUACGUGCCAAGGACGUGCAACUUGCUGAGAUGGUGGUCACGGAAGUCAUGGACAAGUACAUUGCUACGAUGAAGAAGGAGGCUAAUUUGGACGUGAGCGAGGUCAAGUUGAAGAUUAACAAGAUUGCGGAGGGCAUGUUGCCGGACGCCAAGGCUGGUGGUGUUGUGCUGUACGCCAAGCAGGGCAAGAUCGUGUGUGACAACACGCUGGACACGCGCCUGGACCAGAUCUAUUACGAUCUGAAGCCAACGGUGCGCAAGAUGCUGUUCCCAACUCCGUAA